AGCUCCUUCAACUCUCGGGCUCUGUGCGGCUGGCAGGAAAGUGCAACAAAGGAAAAGUUUACAGAGCAUGGCUAGGGGGUGGGGAGGCAACGCCUGGUAGAUUUCCAUCAAAACAAGGGAUGUCGAGCUCAGAGAGGAGGUAUUUUGCGAACACAUUUGAGGAUUAUGACGGAAAGACAAUUUUGCAGCGUUCUGAUGGCAAGAUUAGUGAGCCUUUUUACUCAAGGAUAAGAGGUGAAGCUCGAAAACUGUUGAAAAAAUGUGAGGAAGGUUUUGAGCGCAGCAAAGAUGAUCGUGAUUGUUCUGUCUACACAGGUGCUGCAGGUAUGGCCCUUCUUUAGAUGCAUUUGUCAAACACUCUUUUCAAGGAAGAGGAUAGUGGAAAGCAGGAAUGUCUAAAGAAGGCUUUGAAAAUCCUUGAACAUAGCCAGCAUAGUCUAAGAGGGAAGAGGGUGACAUUUAUUUGUGGAGAUUCAGGUGUCCUCUCUAUGCUGACUGUUCUUUAUUCAAAGAUGGGUCUGAAAGACAAGAGUGAGAAAUGUUUCUACAAGCUAUUAAGUCUGUCAGAUAAUGUGUGCAGAGAUCAUUCUCUUCCUGAUGAGGUGCUUUAUGGUCGAGCAGGGUACUUAUUUUCAUUGCUGUUUGUGCAAAAGCACUUGGGAGAAGAGAAAAUUAGUGCCAGUACAAUUAACCAGGUCUGUCAAGCUAUUUUAGAUUCUGGUGAAAGGCUUGCAAAGCAUGAGAGGAGCAGAUCACCCUUAAUGUACACAUGGCACCACAAACAUUAUGUUGGUGCAGCACAUGGUAUUGUUGGAAUCCUGUUCAUGUUACUGCAAACUUUGUCAACCCAUUCAGUAAAAUCUAACUUGGGAAACAUCGAGAGCUGUGUUGAGUUUCUUAUGUCAGAGCAGUUUUCAUCUGGUAACUUUCCCUCCUCUCUUGAGAAUGACACCGAUAAGCUUAUCCACUGGUGCCAUGGAGCUCCUGGGGCAGUCCACCUUAUGGUCAAAGCAUACCAGGUCUUUGGAAAAGACAAGUACUUGAGUGCAGCUGUUAAGUGUGGAGAUGUAAUUUGGAGGCGAGGUUUACUAAAGAAAGGCUAUGGCAUAUGCCAUGGUGUAGCAGGGAAUGCUUAUGCUUUUUUGUGUUUAUACAAGCAGACUGGAGAUUCUAGGUACCUCCACCACGCCCUGAAGUUUGCAGAAUGGUGUUUUGAUUAUGGUGAACAUGGUUGUCGCACUCCAGACCGCCCUUACUCAUUGUUUGAGGGGAUGGCUGGCACAGUUUACUUCUUAGCUGAUAUACUGGAACCUCACUCAUCAAAGUUCCCAGCAUUUGAGUGAAGAGAAAUUACUUUGUGUUUACUCAUAAGAGUAACCGUGUUAAGUUGGUGACAUAUACACAAAUAUCUGUUCCUAAGAAGACAACAUUGUCAGCUUGAGCAUCAGAUAGAUAAUAAUAAUUUAUCUUAAAUCAAAAGUAUUUGUGCUAUUUUUCCAUGUAAUGGAAUUAGUGUUGACUGAGAAAUGUAAAUAUUUAAGGUAAAUUAUUUGGCUUUAGUUUUUGUUGAUUUUUUAUUCACUCCAUGGGUGAGAAUUUUAAAAUAAAGGUAGUUUUACAUUCAGUA